AUGAAUAGGUCGAGAAGAACUGUUGUUAGGCCAACAUCUAGCAAGAACUACUUGAAACCGACGGCUGCCAGUAUAGGGAAGAGCAGAAACGCAUUGACCGAUGUUACCUCUCAGGCCACGAACAGAAAACCGGGCUAUACUGGUGGUGUUGGUGGUGCCAGCGGUUUCAAGACUGGGGAAUCUGUGAGGGGGAGAAGGUCCGUAAGAAGAUUACCGUUGCAAAACCGCUCAGUUAAUUCAAAAGUUGAGGUACCCGUAUCUGGUAAACGACCCUUGGUUCAUAUUUACAACGAUGAAAACAGUCCGAUUGUCGUCGACGAUGAGAGUAUGGAAGUUGAGGUGAAUGAUGGGGAGAGAAUGGAGACUGAGCCCGUGCUGUCACUCAUGCCACAUUUCAGUGAGAAGACGCAGCAGAUUUUAGAAGAGAUCAACGAGAAAUUUGCAUUCUUGGAGACACAGAAUCACGAUGACGACACGUACGAUCCUGUCAUGGUUGCCGAUUAUUCGCCAGAUAUUUUUGACUACUUGAGAAAGUUGGAGUUGAAAUUCUCGCCAAAUGCUGAUUACAUGCGUUUCCAAAAUAACUUGAACUGGACAUAUCGCAAGGAAUUGGUCGAUUGGCUUGUCAAAGUCCACGAAAGAUUCCAGUUACUUCCAGAGACUCUGUUCCUAACAAUAAACAUAAUGGAUAGAUUUCUGUCCAAAAAGCAAGUCACCUUGAACAGAUUCCAGCUUGUAGGAAUCACUGCAUUGUUGAUCGCUUCGAAAUACGAAGAGAUCAACUACCCAACCUUGGCCGAUAUAUGUCAUAUCCUGGACAACGAAUACACCAAAAGAGACAUCCUACAAGCUGAGAAAUUUAUGAUAGAUACUUUGGAGUUCGAAAUUGGUUGGCCAGGUCCAAUGUCGUUCCUGCGGAAGAUAAGUAGGGCUGACUUUUACCACUACGAGAUAAGAACGUUUGCCAAAUACUUUCUGGAGAGCGUGCUAAUGGAACCUCAAUUGGUGGCCUCCCCCAUAAGCUGGAUUGCAGCAGGCGCAUAUUUCCUUAGCAAAAUCAUAUUAAAGGAUGAUAUAUGGUCUUCGAAGCAUGUGUACUACUCUGGGUACACACGAGACCAGUUACUGCCAUUAGUCAUUACAUUGUGCGAGGUUUGCAAAAAGGGUCGUGCUUCUAAAAAUGCCAUUUGGGAUAAAUAUUCAACUGGCAAGUUCCAUCAUUCCAGUCAAUUAUUCGAUAAGUGGGUGGAUUCCAUGAAAUCUUGA